UCGGCGCCCUCUUUCCUCAAGUAUUGCAAGUCGUCUGCUGCAUCUUGAUUAUCUGUGUUUUUGAAUUCAAUUCCUUCCGUGGUGUAAGGGACAAAGUGCAUGGAUUUGUAAAGGUAUUUUGAAACUCGACAGAAUAUGGCAUCUUCGUUACCACAUCUGUCAGAUGACACAAAUAGUGUUUGUGUUGUUGAACUUGUUGAAUCUGACGAAUCAAGUACUGAGCAGAAGCCCCCAAACAGGACCAAAGUCGAUGAAGAUGCAUCUUCGUCUUCUACAUUGGACGCAUUGAAAAUUGACACAAUUGGUCGUAGUGCACAUGCAUGCAAAACAGAAUCACUAGCUUUUGAAAAGUUUAUAUCUGCUUGCACUCCUCAUUUAAAAAUCCCUGGAGAUGAACCAAUCCUUGAAAAACUUAGAAAACACUAUGCCAGACUCGACCUUGAGUGUAGACAAUCAAACACUUUUAACUCAGACUUGGCAAAGUUUAUCUUACAAGUUAGCACAAAUGAUGUAUAUAUAACUAUUCAAGAGAUAUUGAACUACUUUAAAAGUUGUCAUGCCAAAUCUGCAAGUCAGAAACAAGCUCAUAUUAAGAAGCUGGAAAAAAUUCUGGGGCUAUUGGACAAAAAAAUACAAGAACUUCAAGCUAAGGAAGUAGAUUUUGGUGAAGAAAAAAACUCCACCUAUAUCCUAGAGUGCAGGUAUAAAGAACGUUUUGCCUUAGUGUACAGUAAACUCUGCGACGUCGUCGGCUACAGUACACGUGAUCCUAAACCUAAAAUUGAGUAUAAUGGCACGAGAUUUCCCGAAAUUAACCGUAACAUAACAAGAUAUCUCAAGAAAAAUGACGAUUUCCCCGAUUUCAAAGAUGUUCAUGAAAUCAUAGCAGAGACAAAUGAACAAGCGGGUUUGCAUAUGUCUGAAGAGAACAUCUCGAGAAUGGCAAGACAGGUUUUUGAGGAGGUCGGCACUAAGCUUAAAAAACGACGAAUUGACGAGUUUGAAUCAACCUUUGGAUGCACGCUAACCGACAACAUUGAGGUUGAUGAUAAUAAUGAUCCUGCCACUAUAGAUACCGAACUAAGAGAAAAACUAGAAAAUAACCAAAAGCUAGCAAAAAAACGACUUGAUGAGGUAAUGGAGACCUUUGUAGUGAAGCAAGAGACUAGAGGGGAAGAAGAAGCUGCGGCUUCAAAUGCUGAAGAAGAAGAUGUUGAUGACGAUGACGACGAAGAAGAAGAUGAUGAAGAUGAUGACGACGACGACGACGACGACGACGACGAUGACGAUGAUGAUGUCGGUAGGGAAGAAAUGGAAGACAUUGACGAAGACAGUAUUCUGCUUGUUGAGAUAGAGGAAUCACGAUCCGGAAUGGAAGAAUCUGAAGUGGAGCAUCAAACUGAUUCAUCGUCAUGUAGAAGAAAUUCCCUGUCUGAGACGGAUGUUGUCAAGAAAAUCGAACCGUCAAAGCCUUCGAAAAACGGAUUUCUUUCCGGAUUAGACAUUAAACCCAAUGUCAGCGUUUUAACAAAGUCCUUGGCAGCAAAGCAUAGAAAUUCUUCCGACAUCGAAAAAAAGGUUUUUACUACCGUCCAUCGGGGUCAUAAUAAAACGCAACUCAGCAAUCCCAAUCCGCUGCGAUCAGUGAAACGACAGUUAAGUGCUGAGGACGAAGUCAGUGUCAAACAAACCCCAGACCAAAAACGAAUUGCUCUUCAGACAUUUGUGGACGACGACGUCAUUGUUUUAUCAGAUUGAUGGAAUCUUAGCUCAUUCUACCAGAAAUUCGAUAGUGUCAUUAUUUGUGUAUUAAUUCCAACAGAUUUCACAAAUUCAAUUUAUCAAGAGCGUGCGGGUUUCGUUCAACAUAAUGUGUAAUGUGAUGUGUCGCUAUUUCGAAGAGUACCGGGUUUCGUUGGCUGGUUAUGGUGCCAGACCUUAUAGAAGCCGCAUACUUUAUCAGCAAAACUUCAUUUGUUUCAGUUGGCUCUUUCCAGUGAUCUAACGAAUGCAGCAUCUGCGCAUAGACAAAUAAAUGUUCAAACCAAAUACAAAUUACACGACCACUCCAA